AUGCUUUUGGGUUGUAUCUUUCAGGCCCUUGGGAUUCGUAUCCAGGCCUUUGUGGAUGGACUUACUUCAAGUGAAAUCUACCUAAGUCGUGACUUCCAAAGCGAUGAGAAUUUUAUCGACGAUGCCACAGUGAACCCCAAUGGAGAUAGCUGCCCGUACGCUCUCCUCGUAAUGGCAGUUCAGCUACUCAACGAAAUAACCACCUUUUUACGCGAGUCCCAUCAACACGCUACCCGAGCACAAUUUGCCUCUGUUUCCAGUGCUACUCCAGGAGGAAGUCGAUCAGGUGACCAUAGUAAUCAAUGGGAAAGUGGUGCUAACGGUAGGCGCAAUCACGGCGUUGCUUCUGGCUCCUCUGCAGUAGGCGCCCUGAAAUCAACUAGACGUCGGCUCAGUAUCCUCAUGCCCAUGUUCGCGCAGGCUGAUCCGAAGGAUAAAUCCAAUUCAUUAUAUACAGAAAUAUCUAAUGUUAAAGGAUUGGAUGGUGAUUCCGCGUCGAAAGCAGCUGAUGAAUAUGAAACCAUUCAUCCACCUGCCGGAACUGGCUCGCAUGGUAAUAGACAGAUCAGCUUUGCGUUCAGUGAAAAUGAUCGAGAUCGAUGCAACUCACUUCAAGGGAGUGUGUCUUCAUUAGAAUUACAUAAUGAAGUUGUGGAGAAGUCAAGUGAGUUAACCUUAAUUCCUUUGAGCUACUAG